AUGCAAAGGAGCGCGUGCGGCUGGAGGGCUGGCCGUCUCCACAACAAUGCGCCCGCGGCCGGCGGGCGGGCGGGCGCGGCCGGGGGUCGCGAGCGGGGCCGGGCGGCGGGCGGCGCGGGGCUUACCUUGACUCGGCCUCGAGGCGCGCGCGGGGCCGGCGUGCUCGGGGGCCGGGCGGCGGCGGCGGCGGGCGGAUGGCGGCGGCACGGCGCUGGCGGCGGCGAGGGCGCGCCCGGGGCCUCGGCGGGCUCCGGCUCGCGCCGCGGCCGCGGCUGCUGCCGGGGGGCGCGGCGGGCGCAGCACAGCGGCGGGCGGCGGCGGCGCGAGCGGCUCCCUCCAGUCCCCGCGCGGGCGGCGGCGGCGGCGGCGGCGGCGUCGAGCGGUGCAGACAAAGGAGGGGCGGAGGGAGGAGACGGAGGGUGUGGGAGAGGCGGCUUCACCGGCGCGGGCGGCGGCGGCGGCCGCGCUGCUCUCGCUCCUCAGCAGCGGGGACCGAGAGAGGGAGCUGUGUCUGAGGAGACGCCAAAAUCCCCCUUAGCGCUGCCCGCGGGAGGGGGAGGGGGCACAAGAUGGCGGCGGCCGGGGGGGCGGGAGUUCAGCUCAUGGAUCCCGGCGGGCGGCGGAGGGGAGACCGGGCCGGCGGAGGCGGCGGCGGCAACGGGCGGGGGAGGGGGCUGA